AUGACGGCUUACCAGGACAAAUCCAGGCAUCAAAGAACAACCAAGCCCGCCUGGCGACCAACAUUCCACCUAACAGCGCCCCAUGGCUGGCUAAACGACCCCUGCGGCCUAGGGUACGAUCCCACAACCGGACUCUACCAUUUGUCCUUCCAAUGGAACCCGAAAGAAAACGACUGGGGUAACAUCUCCUGGGGACAUUCUGUCUCCCGGGAUCUUGUCGAAUGGGAGACGUCACCGGUUCCGUGUUUAAAGCCGUCUACUCAAUAUGACCGCUGCGGUGUUUUUACGGGGUGUUUGCGUUCUACCGAUAUCGAUGGGAAUCCUGGUGCCCUUACACACUUGUACACAUCUGUGGGACAUCUGCCUAUCCAUUACAGUUUGCCGUAUACCACCGGUUGCGAGACGCUGAGUAUGGCAGUCUCGCGAGAUGGCGGGAAAACAUGGAAACGCCCAGAUUGCAACCCGAUAUUACCAGGUCCACCGGAAAAGGUGAACGUGACUGGUUGGAGAGAUCCGUAUAUCAGUUCGUGGCCGACAAUGUGCAGCGGGUCAGACAGUGACCUUUACGGAUUCAUCUCCGGUGGCAUCGCUGCAAAGACCCCGACUGUGUUCGUGUACUCUGUUAACCCCAAGGAUUUGCGUGAAUGGAAGUACAUUGGACCGUUGGUUGAUGUUGGGUUGAACUUUCAGCCGUCGAGGUGGUCUGGUGAUUUUGGUGUUAACUGGGAGGUUGCGACGCUGGCGACGUUAUCCGAUGAUGAAGGAACUUCGAGAGAUUUCGUUGUAGUGGGGACAGAGGGUUGCAAGGAGACUGGGCACCAGCCAAAGCGAGCGCCACGAGGCCAGCUUUGGAUGUCUGUUAACCCUCGCCCUGAGGGAAGAAGCACAUCAGGCGCCCUCACAACCUAUGGAUUCGCCGGAAUCUUCGACCACGGCUGUUUCUACGCCGCCAAUGCCUUUUUUGAUCCGGUUACACGCAGACAGAUCGUUUACGGUUGGAUCAUGGAGGAAGAUUUGCCAGAUGCCCUCCGUCAUCCGCAGGGCUGGAGCGGACUUAUUUCCCUCCCGAGAGUUAUGAGUUUGAUGACAUUACGGCAUGUGAAGAGGGCGCGUCGAUCUGAGUUGAAAUCGAUUACUUCGAUUGAAACGGAGGGGGAUGCAAGAACUGGGACGUGUACUAUUCGGACAUUGGGUGUACAGCCUGAUCCGAGACUCGAGAAGCUUCGUGCAAAUGCGAGCAGGAGGCAAACUGAUGGUUCAGGAUUGAAGCCGGAAAAAUUCACAUUACCCUUGACGACGUCCAAAUGGGAACUGGAUGCUGAGUUCGCCGUUGGAAAUCAAUGUACGAGCGUUGGUGUAGAGAUUGACCAUGGUGAUUCAAAUUACACAACCCUUACCUGGACCCCAUCAACCGAAACCUUCCAAAUCAACCGCCCCAACCCUAUGCCCGACUCCAAUAUCAACAACUUCCCCGAAAAAGCUCCUCACACCCUCUUCACCACUUCAGACCCAGAAACCGGCACGGAAAGCGAAGAACCACUGCGCAUACACGCGUACUUCGACAUGAGCGUCCUAGAGAUAUUCGUGAAUGACCGGACGGUCAUCUCGACUAGAGUUUAUCCGUUACACGAGCAAUGCGCUGGUGUACGAUUCUUCGGAGAUGCAAACACCACACUAUUACGCGCAGAUGUAUGGGAUGGAUUGGGUGUUAUGCAUUAA